AUGGACUCGGCAUGGGCAUUCCUGGCCUCUUGGCUCUCCGUUCUGAAGGAGUUUUUACUGCCGGAAAGCAAGCCAAGAGGUCUCGAUUGGGAGGUGAUGUUAUGGUUCAAGUGCUCGUACGAAAGCGAGAAGCGGCUGAGGAUGCACGAUCUCUCCAUGAAGCUUUCCUUGAAUGAAGCAUGCCGACAAGACCGAGCAAAGCUGCAGCGACUUCGUGAGGCGAUAGAGCUCUUCACGAUGCUGGCAUUUGUAGACAAUGAAGCGUUCCGGGAACUUCUCCACGCCGAUACGUGGUUCCACGACUUUAUUCAGCCCUAUGCUCGAGGCGAAGAAAAGUUUUAUCCCGAGUGGCUGCUCUACCUCGUCGAAACACCAUCACCCGAAGAUAUUGCUGCAAACCAGACGCCGAUAUCUUGGGGAGCGCUGCUUGGAUUCCCAGACGACCCGCGGGAGAACUCGCCGGAAUUUCAGACAGCAAUACGCGCGUUGGAAGCCAUGGGUGUCGGAGAAUCUGUAAAGGGGCACAACAGUCGGUUCGCUUUCACGUGGAUGAUUGGACACUUUGGCCGUACCGAAGUCGAGGGAACGCAGACGUCAAUUCUGCCGGCAGACUCGCCAAAUCCGUUCUCGACUCAAGUCCGCAACCUUUUGGAUGGUCUGGUUCCUCCGGUUGUUCAAAUGCGAGCUGUCCGCCAUAGCUACGCGAUAGUACAGCAAGUAGACCCUCCGCAUAGCAACCUCAAGGUCGUGUUGACGCUGCCAGGGAAGAAUAUGGAUAUCCCCGAGAGGACAAUUUGUGAGAGAACGCUCUCGUUAGCUCGAACACCUACGACCAAAUUCACUUUAGGCCUCGACCGGGGGAACCUCACGCCCAAAGUUGCGGUGGAUGUGGGCUUCCAGCUGACGGGAACGAAACUUUGGCGUGGUGGCUGCAAACGUGACGAAGACCCCAAUUUGGUUACCUCUGCUGCGGGCCGCUACCGAGCUGUGUACAACCCUGCCAACGCGCCUGGUUGGGUCGAGCUUGUCGUACCUGGUUAUGGAAUCUGCACUACACAAAUGGAAGGCAGCGAGAAAGACAAGUUCAUUUCGUCCAAAAACACGCCGUUUGAAGAGUACCUUGUGCAACGGAGUUCUUCCCUUACAAUGGGGUUCGCGUCGAUGGAAAAUGACACAGUGGUGACACAGUUGCUCAAGUUAUUCGGCCGGGAAUUGAAGUCGCUCAUGCUCAUGAAGGUGAACACUGAGAUCUUUAGAAGGCCAGUCACUCGCGACAACCAAGUACAGCUGGAACUGAGCCUGUUGGCUGAAGCGUGUCCGUGUCUGAGAGACGUCGUCGUCGCAGGUUUCAACGUGACAGUCGCUGCCGACAGCGAGGCUCUGCGGAACUGGCGAGUCUAUCAGAUGUUCUUACUGGCAUCAUUCGACGUGCCCGACUUGGCAUCGUAUUUGGCAGACUCCACGCUUCGACUGACACAAAACCUCUGUCAGCUGGAGAUCACAACUGCGUCGGUUGACACGAAAGAAGCCCAAACUCUGAAGGCAUUCGAUGGAGACUUCUUGCCCAAACUUCGCGUGACUGGCGACACCAAAGCCAAGCUGGCCAUGGUCAGCGUCGUGGAAGUUUACAACGGUGGGAAGUCGAAGGCGACCGGUCACCUCGACUCACUCAUCUUGACCGAUCGACAGGAUCGGAAGCGGUUGCAGCAUCUCCGCGAAGCGAUUGAGCUCAUGUCGACAGUGGCCAUCGUCAACAACAAGACGUUCACGAAUUUCAUGCGGUGGAUUCUCUGCUUCUUUGGCACUUUGUCGUCUCAAGAUGCUGCUGCGACGCAGCACCGCGUACCAUUUGGCGCCCUGCUCGGCUGUCCAGAAGACCCGUGGACAUAUUCGGCCGAGUUCCGGGAAGCCAUGGGUAAGCUGGAAGCUAUGGGCUUAAACGAGGCUCUGAAGGCGUACCAUCUCAAGAAUUUAGCCCUGGAAUGGGACAUCAAGAGCUCGGCCGCCAAGGUUGGAGGCCGACAUGAGCUGGAUCUUCCGGAAGAUACAGCAAGACCGUUCUCAGCCCAGCUGAAGAAGCUCUUUGAUGCCGACGUACCCCCCGUGGUUCAAUUGUGCGCGGCGGGAAAUGCGGAUGCUGUGCUGAAACGCUUGCAAAGAACGCACCUGGCCCCCGCCCCCGCUAUGACAGCAACGCAGUUGUAUAGCAAAACGACGGGCAUUGGACCGGUAUCGUCUUCUACCACAUUCGUGGAGAGUUUGGAUUGCACAGCGUCGGGGAUACCUGAAUUGACAACGGCACUAGCCCGAACAGCUAUUCAGCAUUUAUCGCUCGAGUAUGGUAGUGACGAAGAUGAUGCUGCCACACCUGAAUCGGCGAAGAGUGCAGGGUAUCUGUUGAAGACUUCGUGCUUUGCGAGACACCCGUCGGGCCGCGUUCACUCGCUCACGCUGAGCUUUGAUGUGGUCGAAGAUGGCGCAAUGGUGGCGGAUUUGUUGACGUUGGUCUGCUGGCGGCUAAAGAAACUUUCACUCAAGAACGAGCCGUCAGAUCACGCUAAGCUGGAUCUCAGUGCGCUCGCGGAGGCUUGUCCCGCUCUAGAAGGCCUCGACAUCGAAGAUUUCGAUGUGGUUGUGACUGUAGACAGCGACGCCUUGCGCGUAUGGCCUAUCCAGAAGAUUGAGAUUUAUGGUUCCACGAGCGUCCCAGAUCUGGCGACGUGUUUGAGAAACCACUCGUAUCGAAUGGCUCGAGAGCUAGCCACGCUAGAAGUGGAGUCGCUUAAUGAACAUGACGGGGAUUUCCUGCCGCUAACGAAGGAGAAGUUACCCAACGAGGCGAAGGCCGCACUGACAAGUGUCGUGAAAAGCAGAAAAGGGGGGAAUACCCCGACUGCUGUGAGCUUGUUAGAUGCAAUGUGUCUGAGUCGGAUUUUCGCUUUGGCCUCGACGCCUGUCCAACGUUCGGUCCAAGAUGAAGUGAGCCACGUUUUCAAGCCCGAACUCGACACCACGACAGUCCACGGCUUUGCACUAGGCCUGCCUGGCCAGCAGUAG